AGCAUUCUAAACCUAAGAUUUAGUGUCCACUGUGUAUAUUCCAUUUGACAACAUGGUUGUCGAGAAACAUCACUAUAAAAUUGCAAUGAUAGAGUUUCCGGUGCAAAGAUAAGAAAAAAAUUCGUGAUUUGAACAUGUUCGUUAAAUAUUGCAAGACGAAGAAAGGAUAGUUUUAAUCGAUGCAGACUCGAUGUUAAGUGCUGUAAAUCAACUAGAUAUACAUUCAUGUUAAAACUGCGUCACAAAUAAUGUUAUCGAUUAAUUUUUCAAGAACCUCUGAGUCAGUAGCCAAACGAUCAAAUAAUAGUAAUAGGAAAGCGAUUGAUAUAGAAUUAUUAAUGAGGUUCUCAUUUUUUAUUGUGAUCUUUAUCGUAACAACCCACCUAUUGUCGACGGUCAGCGCAAGUGAGUCAUUGGGAAAUCCGUAUAAAAUAUUAGGUGUUCACAAACGUGCGACCUUACAAGAAAUUAGAAAAGCGUACAAAAAUCUCGUCAAAGAAUGGCAUCCAGAUAAAACCAAUCACCCAGGUGCAGAAAACAAAUUUGUGGAAAUUACCAAAGCUUAUGAGAUUUUAACAGAUCCAGAAAGAAGAAGGAAAUUUGAUAAUCAUGGAAUUACAGAAGAAAGUAUUUCUAGGCAACGAAGAGACAAUAGUCACUUUAACAAUGUCUUUGAUCCAUUGGAAGAACUAUUUGCCAGAAACUUCAAAUUUCAUUAUCAAAAUCGAGACAUUUCACUUUUCUAUAAGAUGAGCAUCACAUAUCGAUCAUUUGAAAAUGUAAUAGUACCAAAAACUUUACGUACACCUUAUCUGAUAUUAUUUUAUUCGGACUGGUGUUUUGCAUGUUUACAAGUAGAACCAAUAUGGCGACGUUUGAUUGAUGAGUUAGAACCACUGGGUCUUGGUUUAGCAACUGCACAUGCUGAAAAAGAGUCUGCUUUAGCAAGGAAACUAGGAAUUCAUUCGCUACCAUGUCUUGUUGUUACAAUAGAUGGCCGUACAAGUGUAUAUAAAGAAUCUCUUUUUAGUAUCCAAAAGAUUGUUGACUUCUUACGAAACAAAUUUCCAUAUAAAUUAAUACCUAAUAUAAAUAAAAAUAAUGUAGAUAAUUUCCUCUCAGGAUGGAUAGAUAAUCGAAUUCGAGCUUUAAUAUUUGAUAAGAAAGAAUCUGUGAGAUUACGAUAUCUAUUUAUUGCAUUUUAUUAUAGAGACCGUGUUGCAUUUGGUUUUGUUCAGACGGGAAAACUAGAUACUGAACUUAUUGUAAUGAAAUAUAAAAUUUCUGUGGACUUGGAUACUUUAUUGUUAUUUAAUGAAAAUUCCGAGAAACCUAUGGCAUCUGUCAGUAUGAAAGAUAUAUCAAGUGACACAAUGCACAAUGUUAUAUCAAAUAAUAAAUUCCUUGCUCUACCAAGACUUUCAAAUCAAGCAAUGCUAGACUCAGUUUGUCCACCUGAGUGGUUAAGACCUCAAAAACGGUUAUGUGCAGUUUUAAUAUCACAACAAAAUAGUCCUCUUCAUGAUUUAGCUAGGCAUAAAUUUAGACAAGCAGCUUUAGAAUCAUCUUACAGUACUGAAAGGGUACGAUAUACGUACGUAUUUAAGGAUACACAACCAGAAUUUGUAUCAGCAUUAUCAACAGGAGAAGGUAGUCCUUUAGAGCCUUUAUUACAUAUUGUCAUUAUUUGGAGAAGGGAUGCGAAUCAUUUGAAAUAUGAAUGGUUACCUACUGGUUGGAUUGAAGCUGCUCAAGAUGAAACUCAGUGGAAUGAAACACGUCGCAACUUAGAACAAACCAUACAAAGAUUAUUACGUGCAUCGGAAGCUUUACCAUAUGCCGCAGUUGUAGGAGAACUAGCAGAUGAACAUGCACAGGGUACUGUAGACAAACUUAUUGGAAAAGCGUUAUUAGCUGUAGAUUAUAUUUCUGAUAGUCUUACUAAGGAGCAAAUAUUGCCUUUAGUAUCAGUAAUUGCUACUUUAAUGUUAAUUGGUGCUGCGGGGUAUGGGAUGUCAUAUCUAGCAAAAUUAGAGGAAGCAAGUAUUCAAGCUGAACGUGCUCAAUGUAAGGAUAAUAAUAAACCAAUGCCGUCACAGCCACAAUUGCGAUUACACGAGUUGCGGGCAGAGAAAUACAAUGGUUUAGUUCGACUAUUAAAACCAGGUUGUAGAACCAUUAUAUUAUUAGUCGACGUUCAAAGUAGAUUAAAAUUAUUACCAGCUUUUCAUAAAGCUGUGUGGCCUUAUAGAAAAAAUAAAACUCUUAUGUUUGGACAUUUGUCUCUCGAAAGAGGGUUAGAGUGGUAUAAAAAACUGUUAUCUCUCACCUUGCCAGAACAAAAAGAACUAAACAUAAAUGCCAAGAAUUGCGUUGGCACUGUAUUGUCUCUAAAUGGGCAUCGUAAAUAUUUUUGUAUGUACCAUGCCAAACAUCCAGAAUGUACUAAAGGCAAAGGUUCUAAGAGAAUAGAACGAAUGACAAAGCAGUUAACUCGAAGAACAGAUGAUGCAGAAGCUGGCGCAUUUAUAGGUUUUAAUAGUUCCAAUGAAUCUGAUGCUUCUGAAGAAGAGGGUGGAAAUAAUGUUUUAUGCCAGGACAAUCUUUUGGAUGGUUUGCCAAUGUGGCUGGAUAGGCUAUUUGAAGGUUUAACACAUCGUUAUUAUGUAAAUUAUUGGCCCGAGUUCACUGCCAAGUAAAUGGAGAUUGGUAUACAUUUUGGUAACGUGUAUACUUCUUGCAAUAGAAAAGGGGAUCCAACUAGUCAACAAUAUCAUGUGUCAUUUAAAAGUCCUAUACAAUUUAAAGGGAAAUACAUCCUAUAAUUUCACGUAAAAUUAAGACAUAUUCAUUAUAUGUACAUGAAGGUAUUAUUUAUUAAUUUACACGCGAUUUCUGUAAAGAAGAAUUUUAUAAAUUGUUAUAAUAGUCGAUAAAGUUCUUACAGAUUCAGAAUUACAUUAUUUUCAUCAA